AUGCCCCGACAAUAUAUGCUCUGGGUCAACUCAAGACCCUUGCCCAAUUCUGGGAUUGACGAUAAUCUGUGGGAAAAAUGGUAUACCGAAGAACAUGUCCCGGACUUGGUGAACAGCAAGACCGCCGUCCGCGCGGCCAUGUAUCGCGAGAGUUUUGAUUUCUCGCUAGAACCAAAGGAGAAGCACCCGCGCAAGUACUUGGUCUUGUACCAGUCAGACUUUGAAGAGCCGCUUAGUUCCAAAGAGUACUUGGACGGCGUACGGCACUCCAGCGAGAUGUGGCCUGGCAAAAAGCCGACGUCGGAGGUUGGGGACUUCAACGCAAGGAAUUAUAAGUUGAUCCAGGAGUAUGAUCCCGAUGGAAAGGGAGAAUCUGUCCCUCCGUUCUGCUUGACGGUUGAGAUGGACCCAGUGGAUGAGCCCGACUUUGACAAGUGGUAUCGCGAAGAACAUCUCGACAUGUUGCACAAGUUACCAGGGUAUCGAAAAUCCCUGAGGUAUGUCAUCGGCCCAAAGCUGCCCAUAACCGAAGGCGAACCUCCGAAGUAUCUGGCAGUCCAUGAAAUGGACAAUUUGCGGGGUUUUAUCGGGAAAGAGGCAGAUGCGGCUAACGACACACCUUGGACGGUCAAGCAUAUCAAGGACAGCAAGACGUUCAUUGUGAGAGGCUGGCAAUUGAUUUAUUCGCAAGGGUUUUGA